UCACCACCACUAUACUCCACAGGUCCACACCUCAACAACAACACUGACAGAGUAAAAUAAAGAAUUUAACAAAUACUUAUAACAAAGACAAAGAAAAAGAAUGUGAGUGGAAUAAGAAGUGAAAGAGAACGUUGAAAUUAUCUUCUUCACUCGCUUUACUUACCCAUUUAUAUCAUUUUCUCUUAUUAUUAUCUUCACUGUUACCAUAGCUAUUGAAAUGUGCGUUACCAAACUAAGAUCUGUGUAAAAUUUUGCUGUUGUAAAGAAAUGGGAAGUGUUUCGUCGGAAGAUGUUUCAGAGCGAUGUGGAAGUUACAGUCCGAGUGCUGACAUCAGCGAAUCGGAAAGUUCUAGCAGCUUCUACGGCCGACGUUUCGACGCGGAAGGAGCUUCCAGCUCGGCAAAUCUCUCGCCACGUCAGCUCGCCGCUCAUUUCAACUUGCCGGCGACGGCGCAGGUUAUGCUUCCGGUCAUCGGUGGGAAAGAUGUUGCUGUUUGGGAUCACAAACGUGACUUGGAUUUGACCGAAGUUGAAAUGAUGAAGGAACGUUUUGCAAAGUUGCUUUUAGGAGAAGAUAUGUCCGGUGGUGGAAAAGGGGUUUGCACUGCACUUGCAAUCUCUAAUGCCAUCACAAAUCUCUCCGCGACUGUGUUUGGUGAAUUAUGGAGGUUGGAGCCACUAGCACCACAGAAAAAAGCAAUGUGGCGAAGGGAAAUGGAAUGGCUACUUUGCGUGAGUGAUUCAAUAGUCGAGUUGGUGCCUUCUGUGCAGCAAUUUCCAGGUGGUGGAACCUAUGAAGUGAUGGCGACGCGGCCUCGCUCUGAUUUGUACAUCAAUCUUCCUGCUUUGAAGAAGCUUGAUGGAAUGUUGCUUAGUAUGUUGGAUGGAUUUUGUGAUACUCAGUUUUGGUAUGUUGAUAGAGGGAUUGUGUUGGGUGAUUCUAAGGAUUGUGAUGAUUAUGGUAGACCUUCUGUUAGGCAAGAAGAGAAAUGGUGGCUUCCUUCUCCUAAGCUUCCGCCGAAUGGGUUAUGUGAGGAUGAUAGGAAAAGGUUGCAGCAGUGUAGGGAUUGUACGAACCAGAUACUUAAGGCUGCCAUGGCGAUUAAUAGUUCUGUUCUCGCUGAAAUGGAAAUUCCUGCUGCUUAUGUAGAAUCCUUGCCAAGGAAUGGCAAAGCUUGUCUUGGGGAUAUAAUAUACCGGUACAUAACUGCUGGUCAGUUUUCCUCUGAAUGUCUUCUGGAUUGCUUGGAUUUAUCAUCUGAGCACCACACACAAGAUAUAGCUAAUAGAAUUGAGGCUGCUAUACAUGUAUGGAGGUUGAAAGACUAUAAGAAACUUAAAAAAUCGGGGAAAGCCAGACGGUCUUGGGGUGGAAAGGUAAAGAGCCUUGUCGCUGAUGGUGAGAAGAACCACUUUCUUGUCCAACGGGCAGAGACACUACUGCAAAGCUUGAAACGCCGAUUUCCCGGGCUUCCUCAAACAGCGCUAGACAUGGCCAAGAUACAGUAUAAUAAGGAUGUAGGGCAGUCUAUUCUUGAGAGUUAUUCCAGGGUGAUGGAGAGCUUGGCCUUUAACAUAAUGGCCAGGAUCGAUGAUGUCCUUUAUGUAGACGAUACUGUAAAACGAAGUGCAGCUGCAGAUUCUAUCUUGUUCGGCAGGGGAGGUUUUGGUGGUCUGCCUAUUCAAAAGCGAAUGACUCCCAGCCCCUUCUCAAUUCAACAUACCCCAUACGCCUCUCCUUUUGCUACCCCAUCAUUCUGUUCCUCCUCUCCUGUUAGUGGGAGUCCUUGCAGUCCACGCAGGACACAUGAUGUAAAGAGGAACGCUAAGGGUAAAGAUUCCAAGGCCGGAAAGUUGGCUUCGACUGAUUAUGAGAAGGUAUGGUCAUACGCGGGAAACCUCAGCGCAAGAAGAAAUUCUGGUGAGGCUCCAGAAAGAGACUGAGUUCUAGAUUUAGCAUGUGUUUGGAACGGUGUCCCGUUUUGCAAACUUGCGGCAAUAACCCAUGUUAAUGUGAAAGCUUUAUUUACUAGCUUCUCUAUUUCCACGUCUGGAACACAUUGAGAAGCACGUUUGGGUGGGAGACCGCCAAACCAAACAGACACUUAGUAUCAUCUAUGAUAAAUGAUCUAUUAACUUGAAUCUAGAGGGGGUUGUUCAUCUUUGGUUAUCUAGUCUUUUUGUACCAUUCCUUGUAUAUGAGGGUAUAAUUUUUGUAUAUUCGUAGGCAAUAUGAGUAGGUUUAUGAAGAAAAAUUAUGCCCUUGGAUCAUCAAUUAAAAAUGUCUCCUUUCAAGUAUAAAUUUUUGGAGGCCACCCACAUGAUGUUUUUCUAUAAAUGCAAAUUGCUGUAGAGUUUUGAACUAUACACCCAAUUUAAGAUUCAGCAUUA